AUGAUUUUCUCAUAUUUGUCUGUCAGUCUUCUUGGCUUGUGCGUGGUAUCAACUAAAGCUAUACCAUAUGAGGAAUACAUUCUUACACCAAAUUCUCGAACCCUAUCACCUGUAUCAGUAUACAAUAUCAAUGGUUCAGUUACCAAUGCAGAAGCAUUGACCGCCACUGGAUCCUCAAAUCCAGCAACAUUUGGUCCCUCUUCGGCUAUCACCUAUGAUUUUGGAAAGAAUAUUGCUGGUAUCGUCUCCUUCAAUGUUGGCACCAUCGACGGAGAUGGUGAUCAAUUUAUUGGAAUCAGUUUUACUGAAAGCUCACUGUGGAUCAGCGAUAAAGGAUGUGAUGCUACGGCCGAUGGAGCAAUCGAUGAAGCUUUGUGGUAUACGGUCACCAGUGGCGGCUUUUAUCAAGCAGAAAAGAAACAACAACGUGGUGGAUUUAGAUAUCUAAACGUCUAUCACAAUACCACCGGGUCUGUUGAAGUCUCGAAUCUGACUAUACAAUACACUGCUUUACCUCACAAAGCAGAAAACGAACUCAGAGCCUAUACUGGCUACUUUCACAGCAAUGAUGAUCAAGUUAAUCGAGUAUGGUACGCUGGAGCCUAUACUAAUGAUAUGUGUACUAUUGAUCCUACGACCGGAGACUCUCUAGUACAUUUAGGCGAGAUCACUUCAAAUAUUACUAUCACAGAACCUGUAACAUGGUGGAACAAUUACACCAUUGCUAAUGGUACCAGUGUUCUUACUGAUGGCGCCAAGAGAGACCGUCUCGUAUGGCCAGGAGAUAUAGCAAUUUCGGGUCCCUCAGUCUUCGUUUCAACUAACGAUAUGCCAACCAUCAAGAAUUCUCUCGAUUCAUUACUAGUACUUCAAAACUCUUCAGGUGCACUGCCAUAUGCCGGAAUCCCAUUUACCACAAUUAUUCCAAUCUGGAGUUUUACCUAUCAUCUCCAUUCACUGAUCGAUAUUCACGAUUACUAUCUAUUUACCGGCGACGAAGAGUAUUUGAAAGAACAUUGGGGACAAUUCACAUUAGGAAUGAACUUCUCCUUAAGUUUUAUCGAUGAGACAAAAAUGGCCAAUCUUCCUGCAAAUAACCCCGAUUGGUUACGAGUCGGUAUGGGUGGUCAUAAUAUCGAGGCAAACUCUAUCCUUUACUAUACUCUCAAUUUGGGUACGAAACUCGCGAAAGUCCUCAAUGACUCUUCACCUACCACUUCAAAAUGGCCAGAAUACGCCGCUGCUAUCAAAUCAGCCGCAAAUGUUGCGCUAUGGGAUAACACAACAAAUCUUUUCAGAGACAAUGAUACCCUCCCAUUAACAACACUCUAUCCACAAGACGGAAAUGCAUGGGCCAUCUUCUCCGACCUUGUGUCUACUCCCGCCCGAGCCCUCCAAAUCUCCGAUUCUUUAUCCGCACGCUGGGGUAAGUACGGAGCUCCCGCUCCCGAAGGCGGCGGUAAUGUCGUAUCUCCCUUCGUCACAAGUUUCGAGAUCCAAGCACACUACAUGGCUGGAAGAGCCGAUCGGGCUGUCGAUUUGAUUAAAUUCAUGUGGGGAGAUUUCAUGCUGGACGACCCACGUAUGACGAAUAGUACGUUUAUCGAAGGAUACUCUACUGAUGGUACUCUACACUAUGCGCCGUAUUCGAAUGAUCCGCGAGUAUCUCAUGCGCAUGGUUGGAGUACGGGGCCAACCUCUGCUCUUACAUUUCAUGGAGCGGGAUUGAAAGUCACAGAGGCAGCGGGAAAGUCUUGGAGCGUAGCACCUAAUUUGGGAGGAUUAACGGAUAUAGAAGCGGGAUUUGAGACAGGCCUCGGUAGCUUUGCGGUUAAGGCGACAGGAAGCUCGGGGAGAUUGGAAAGUAUUGAGAUUACGACUCCAAAGGGAACAAUCGGUUCGAUAAGCGUACCGUAUGCGAAUCAAACGGCAACAAUGAGUUUGCAGAGUAGAGAUGGAGAAGAAGUCGCUAUGACGCGGCAAAUCGCCGCGGGUAAUGCGACGAGUGGGAGGUAUGUGGUGGAGAAUGUGGAGGGGGGGAAUUGGACUGUAACUUUAUGCUAUUAA